AUGUCUUUAUUAGAGCAAUUACGUUGUUUAAUAGUGAAUAGAGAUAUAGUAGGUGCACCAACGCAAGUGGCAAAUAGAAAUACUGAUUUUGUGAGAAACUUCUUAUUUUCCAGGACAUCAGAGCAACAAAGAAAUUUGAUCAUUAGUGGAAUUUUAGUUGGUCUAAGUUUUUAUAUUUUAUUACCAUCUAUUAGCAUUCCAUUUUUACCGGAUCAAAAACAACAAAUGUUUAGCAAGAGACCGGAUAAGUAUACGACUGGAUUGAUCAAUCUAAGAAAUGAUUGCUUUGCCAACUCGUCGUUACAGGCGUACCUGGCGUUACCGAAACUUACCGAGUACUUAAAUGAAUUCAUUACCGCUUUUAAGCAACUCAAGAAGUUUAUGGAAGAUAAUGGGAUUAAGUCAGAACUCCAUAUUAAUACUCAGGAUGAGUCAAGUGGAAGUUCCAAGUUUAAGACAAAUAAUUCCAAAUUUGAAAUUCCGCUUCAUUAUGCGUUAAGCAAAAUGAUGAAGAGCUUGCAGGAAACGAGGAUGUCAUCAAGAACCAUUUCAGUUUGGACAUUUCUUCAUGCAUUAGAAAAGAUUUUUAAUGCGAAGAUAUCCAAAUCGCAGCAUGAUGCCCAGGAAUUGACCCAGUUGAUUAACGAGACGUUAGAGAAUGAAAACGUCAAGAUCCUCAAGAAAUUAAAGCAGUUGAGAAAAGAACUUUUGAACAAUCCAAAUUUAAUAAAUGAUUUGGACGCGAUUCAAUUGCCAGAGUUCCCAUUUAGUGGGUUAAUAUUGUCUCAAAUGAAGUGUCUCUCUUGUUCUUUUGUUUCGAAACCAAAUUUUUCCCCAUUUUUAAUGUUGACUUUGAAUGCUCCAGAGAAGUCGUCAACUGAAUUAGAAACUAUUAUAGAUGAGAAUGAAUCAGAAUCUAUUGAAGGCUAUCAGUGUUUGAAAUGUCGCUUAAUGAAAAUUACGGAAAAUGAGAAUCACUUAAAGGAAAUUGGAAAAUCAAAUAACAGUGAAGACGAAGUAACGAUUCUUAAUACAUUGUUUGAUUUGAACAAUGAUGAGAAAUUGUGCAUAAAUGACGACCUUUCACCCGAAUUAGAAGAAUAUAUUAAAUCAUAUAACAAAUAUGGUUUAGAUAUCGCAAACGUCACUUCAACUGUAUUUAGAAGGCAGCAGAUUUUAAAGCCCCCAAAGAUUUUUGGUAUUCAUUUAUCUAGGUCUAGUUUUAAUGGUGUUGACGUGACCAGAAAUUCGUGUCGUGUUUCAUUUAAAGAUCAGUUGACUUUGUCGAUUGGUAAGGAGUAUCACGAAGAGUUAAAACAAUUCCAAGGCGCAGCCAAUGAAGAAUCAAUAUCAGAAGAUGCUAACUUUAGCUCAAAUAUUUUAACAAACGACAUUGAUGAUAUGGAAGAUGAAGAACAUCAAAGGGAAGAUAUUGAUGAAAACGGUAAUGAAGAUGAAGAAAAUGAAGAAAUUUCUACAACAGACAAUGGUGAUAAUACAACUUCCGAUAAUGAAUUUGAUGAUGGUGAUGACGAUUCGGAUAGCUCAUCUUUAACUUCAACGGAAACUUCGCAUACAACACCUACCAUCAGAGGUAGUACAAAUGACAAACAAUUUGAUGCUGCAUCCAGCUCAACUACAUUGAGAACUCCAGAAACUUUGAAUAAUGCCCCUAUCACUGAAGACCAAACAGAUAAAUUGAGGAAACAUUUUAGAAGCUUCAAAUUCAAUGACAAUGACAUUUAUAAAUAUAAAUUGCGUGCUCUUAUUAAGCAUCAAGGAUCUCAUAGUCAGGGACAUUAUGAAUGUUAUAAAAGAAAGCCAUUGUAUGUCAAAGAUAAAGAGGGCGUGAUCUUUAAGUUAUCACCGGAAAUAUUGGAUGAUAUUACAGGUGAUAUUACAUGUGAUGUCACAGGAAUAUCUGUACUUGAUCCUACAUUCAGGGAUGAGGAACGUAACGCAUCAUCACAUAAUAAAGACGAUAGUUCUAGUGAAACCGUUACUAGAAAAAAGAAGUUUUCUUUUUCUUUUAACAAUAAUAGACGUGGCUCGGUCGCUUCCUCCUCAUCCGAUAAUGCUGAUCCAACUAGCAAAACCGGUUCAAACACUUACGAUGAAGUACCUAACUUAAGGAACAUCAAUGAAGAAGAAUAUGAAGACUCUAGUUCUGGUCUUCGUCGUAAACUUUCAACGAUGAUGGGACGUAGACCAUCAGUCUUCCAGGCUGAUCCAGCGAAUGCUAAUAUCCAAGAGAUUAUUCAUUCUGGUUUGAAUACUCCUGCUGAGCUAUUAGUUGAUGGCCCAGAAGUGGAUUAUUUCUCUUCUUUUGGAGGAGGACCUCAAAAGAUGAUUCCCGAGGACAACGAACAAUCAAAAAAGGUCAAGAUGAGAAAGAUUCCAUCGUUGAUUAAGCAUCCUUUUUGGAGGAUUAGUGAUUCCGAAAUUUCCGAAGUUUCAAGAUCAACUGUUCUAUGGGAAAAUUCGAGUGUUUAUAUGCUUUAUUAUGAGAGGGUUGAUAGAGGACAAAUUAAGGGUGAUAAAUAG